AUGUACAGACAAGUUCGAGUCGCACCGGAGGAUUGUGAUCUUCAGAGGAUUUUCUGGAGAGAAUCCCGACAUCAACCUGUUCAAAUAUAUCGCCUUACAACUGUGACGUACGGAACAGCGUGUGCUCCAUUUCUUGCCACUCGAGUGCUCAAGCAAAUGGCACUCGACAACGCUGAUGACUACCCAGACGCUUCAGAGGCUAUUAUCAACGGCUUCUAUAUGGAUGAUUUGCUCAGCGGAGCAAUGAACAUCGAGUCAGCCAUUACAUUGCAAUCAGACAUCCAUCAGAUUCUCGAUUCUGGUGGAUUUCCGCUCCGGAAGUGGGCGUCAAAUGCACCGGAGGUGCUCCAGAACAUCCCGCCUGAGCAGCAGGCGCUCACUGAGGAAGAAGUGUUGGCAGGCAACAAGUUAGUCCCACUUCUUGGGCUUCAGUGGCUUCCUGGUUUAGAUCAACUCUCCCUGGUCAUCGAGGACUUCGUAGAGGCAUCAAGUAGGAGAGAUUUGUGCGCUAGUGCGGCCAAAGUGUUCGAUCCUCUUGGUUUUAUUGCGCCAGUGACAGCCAAAUUGAGGAUGUUGACUCAAUCACUGUGGGAUGUAGACAUUGAUUGGGACGAUCCACUCCCAGAGGACAUCCGGAGGGAGUUUUUGAUUAUUCGAGCUCAGCUCAGCGAUCUAACAAAGGUAAAUGUACCACGUCUCAUGAUCAAGUCUCCUUCACAGAUAAAUCUUCAUGGAUUCGCUGACGCUUCGAGCAAAGGCUACGGAGCAGUAGUUUAUGCCGUCUGUGUAGAUGAUAACUUACCUGGCCAGGCGAUCUUCGUAGCCUCCAAGUCAAGAGUGGCUACUCGUCAGCCAGUCACAAUGGACCGGCUGCAUUUGAAUUCAGCGUGCCUUCUGUGCCACUUGAUAGAGAAGCUGACGAAGGAUUUGGGCUCUACAGAAGUGAUUGUGAAGGCCUGGACGAGUUCAGAGAUUGCGCUUCAGUGGAUCCAGCGCGAAUCCAGCGAGUACAAGACAUAUGUAGCCAACCGAUUGGAGCAAAUCCACAAAAUCAUCCCAGGAAGUGUGUGGCAAUGGACUCCGAUCGCUGACAAUCCCGCAAGUUGUCUGGCUCAAGGAUUGACUCCUAAAGAGUUAAUUCAACACCCUCUUUGGCGUCACGGGCCCAAAUGGUUGGUUCAAGGAGAAUCUCAGUGGCCGCAGAGGAAAGAGAUUCCACAUUCAGUGACAGGGGAAGAGAAACUUGUUUCUCAGACUCUAUUCACUCAACAUCCGAUUGAAUCAACUGAGUCGAUUGAGUUCUUCAAGAGAUUUUCAUCAGCCGCCAAGUUAACUCGAGUGACUGCGCAGAUGUUAAGGUGGCGAAACUUCAAGGAAAACCGUCAUGCCUUUGGAAUUGAGCUUACUGUCCAGGAAAUAGCUCAAGCAACGAUGAUCUUGGUCAAGAAAGCUCAGCGUGAGUGCUUCGCUGAAGAAAUACAUUGUCUACAGCGCAACCAGCCCAUCAAAGCAGGAAGUAAAUUGUCUAAAUUGGUGCCCUUUUUGGACGACUGUGGCGUUCUGCGAGUGAAAGGAAGAAUUCAGAAUUCAAGACUUGAAUUCGAGGCACGUCAUCCAGCGAUUCUGUCCGGCGUUCAUCCCUUCACUCUCAAGCUCAUCGAAGCAGCUCACGUGUUUCAUCUUCACGCGGGCACAGCACUCACACAAAGCAUCAUGAGAGCACAAUACUGGAUCAUUGGUGAGCGUCGAAGUGUUAAGAAAGUGAUCCAUCAAUGUAUUUCCUGCUUCCGAGCUAAACCACGUCUGGAGCAGCCGCUCAUGGGAAACCUUCCGGCUUACAGAGUGCGCCAAGCCAGAGCAUUCAUAAACACAGGGUGUGAUUUCGCCGGGCCUCUCCAAGUGCGAGUCUCCAGACUUCGUAAAGCCAUCGUGUGUAAAGCAUACAUUUGCCUAUUUGUAUGCAUGGCCACUAAAGCCGUCCAUCUGGAGGCUGUAAGUGAUCUCUCCACCGAGGCGUUUCUGGCAGCUCAGAGACGAUUCAGGUCAAGGCGCGGAAUUUGUCAAAACAUCUACUGUGACAAUGCCUCAAACUUCGUCGGAGCCGUGACGUCUGUGGAUCCAAAGGAAAAGCGCAAGCAACUUCUUCAGCAUCAGCAACGGGUGAUCAGAUUCAUGUCUGAGUCUGGGACGCAAUUUCAUUUCAUCCCAGCAUACUCGCCCACCUUCGGAGGCCUUUGGGAGCGAGGCAUUGGGAACGUGAAGUUUCACCUGAAGAGAGUGUUGGGAGACACAAUCCUGACGUUCGAGGAGUUGACGACGGUGUUGACGGAAGUGGAAGCUCUCCUGAAUUCCAGGCCCCUCUGCCCAUUGUCUUCGGAGCCUGACGAUUUGGAUCCUCUCACGCCAGCGCAUUUCCUGGGCUCUUACGGGCCACCAAUUGAGGUGCCUCCACUCGAUACGCUGCCAGAAAAGCUCAAUCAUCUCACUCGUUGGAGAUUUCUUCAGCGUCUGUCCCAGGAAUUUGGGCGAAGGUGGCAAGCAGAGUACAUCACCACCUUGCAGCAGCGGCCAAAGUGGAGUAAGACGACGGAGAAUUUGGCCAUUGGAGAUCUUGUCCUGAUCAAGAUAGACAAUCUGAGGAGCUUCGUUUGGUCUAUGGGACGUGUCACGGAGAUUCAUCCAGGAUCCGAUGGAGUUGUGCGAGUAGUAACCGUUCGUACUUCAUCUGGACUCACCAAACGGGCAGUCAACAAAUUGGCCAAACUGCCUCUUCAAGAUGAGUUGAAAGGAGACUCUCAACCGGAGGAAAAUGUGGAGACUGGAAGAGAGCCGCCGUUUAGCUCUGCGGCUCACAUGCCGCGCUGA